CAAGGCCAAAUAUUUAAACUUUUAUUGCAUAGCACAACAAUUACUUAUCUGUUGAGCUUGAUCAUGAAUAGAUAAGAAAUUUUUGAUGCUACUUACUAAAAUAUUAUUCAGUACAUACCAACUAGAAGUCCCUUGAUCAAGUGAUGUGUAUUUAUGGAAAUGGGUAAUUGUAUUCCAUCUGGUAUCGAUCUGAACGACAUGGUUCACGCACCCCAAUCGGAUAAACUAAGAGAUAGUUCUGGAAUUUCGCAAUGCAACACAUGUGAGACAAUGGAUUAUGGAAGUAGUCCCAAUGAUUUCGGCCUAAACGAAAUGGAUUCUGAUAUAAAACUUCCCCUACUCACACGAAUAUUCUCACGCCAGACACACCACAAUAACUCAAGUAAUGGUGAUUUUCACCCUGAUUCACUUGGAAGUAACGGGCUAUUUUCACAAAACACUGGUAAAAUAAACGUAUCUUCAGUUUUAGUUAAACAGGACAUGAAGUGGAAUUCGCAGCUUGCGCGACCAGUGUUGGAACUAUUUACGACUCCAUCCAUGAGCAGAGAACUAGAUACCCCAAGCGAAACUCAAAAACUAUUACCUUAUACUGCCGAAAAUAUUACAAAUGUGGAAGUAAAACGAAAUUCUGAUAAAGCAAGAGGUAUUACAAACGAGGACAGUGGGAUGGAAAGCUGUUCAAUAGACAGUCAUUUAAAAAGUUUAUACUUAUAUUGUGACGUCAAAAAGAACGACUCAAAAAAGUCAUCACCUGGAUUGGAAUUAAAAAGUAUAACCAGUGAAAACGUUUAUGGAAAGACAAUCCCACUAAUAAACUUGGUUUAUCCAAGAAAAGAGAAAAUUACUGAAAGUGCACAAAUUACUGAAAUAAAUUCUAGCCCUUCCAUUAUGUCUAAAUGUUCUCUGAACAAAAAUCAAAUGGAACCUGUACUACCCUUUUAUGAAGAAUGGUUAUACGACAAAAAUAAACAGAACUUGAGCGGCGAUUCAACAUAUAGCAUUUCAAAUUAUCGAAAGCUUUCGGGCGAACAAAGGCGAGUCCAACCACUUGUAGCCGUAGCCAAAAUGACGUACUCUCAAACAUACCCUCAUGAAUUAAAUGUUUCAGAAGGAGAAAGGUUACUGAUACUUAAUCGCGUGUCGGCUCCACGUAAUAUAAUUGAAGGUAGAUCAAGCUCAUUAACAAAGGAUGAAGAUUUCUGGCUAGUUGAAAGAAUUGAGCUAAAGCAUAUGUCUAACCACUGUUCACGGAAAGGAUUGGUGCCAGGAGAAUAUUUGCAAAUUAUUGGUGAUUCUUUAACCACCCACAUUUCCUGGUUUGAUAUUGACAGAAAUGAAGCAGAAAGAUUACUGCUUCUAAUGGGUAACCCGUCGGGAACAUAUAUUAUACGUCCAUCUUCAGAUUCAGAUGAGACAUUCGCUCUAUCAGUACGGUAUUUGGACCAAUCGACACUGAUUUGGUCAGUGAAGCAUUACCGAAUAAGAUUUAGAUUGAAAGAAGAAAAAUAUCAUAUAUUCCGCCGCAUUUCAUUUCCGACUAUUGAUCAACUGGUGGCACACUAUACAGUAAAUGCCGAUGGAAUCGCCUGCUGCUUAACUACACCAUAUCCGAAAAAUUACGAGCCACCAACAAAAUUAUCUUUGCUAGAAGUAAAUCGAAAUAACUUUGGAUUCAUUAAAAAACUUGGACAAGGAAGUUUUGGUGAAGUAUGGUAUGGAACGUGGAAUAAUCAAAUGCCCGUAGCGAUAAAAAAAUUACUUGGGAAUGGUAACAUGAAUCAUGCAAGAUUUCUGAAUGAAGCUGAACUUAUGCACCGACUGAAUCAUCCGAAUGUAGUCAGAAUUUUGGCUGUAUGCACACUUCCUACUAAUGAACCAACUUACAUUAUAAGUGAACUAAUGGAAAAUGGAUCUUUGAAACAGUAUAUGCAGAAGCUUAAUCCUGUAGAAAUCAGAAUGAAGAAUCUACUUGAAAUGAUGAAAGAUGUUGUCGGAGGAAUGGUGCAUUUGGAGGAACAGCAUUAUGUUCAUCGGGAUCUAAGAGCCAGUAACAUUUUAGUUGACAGUAAAAAUAGACUUAAGGUGGCAGAUUUCGGUUUGGCUCAUUUGCUUAGUGAUUCAGACGAAUACAUUGGAACGCUGGAAACCAAAUAUCCCGUACGAUGGACGGCCCCAGAAGGGAUUUUAAAGCAAGCUUAUUCAACAAAAUCAGAUGUGUGGUCAUUUGGGAUACUGGUUCAUGAAAUAUUAACCUUCUGUGAAUUACCCUACAAAGGUCGGUUAGUGUUUAUUAGCUUUCUUACUCUUAUGUAACCUAAAACAAAAGUCCUUUGUAUUUCUAACAAUAAUAUGGCGUAAAAUAUAUUCACACUCAAAAUACUAGCUUUGUCACUCUGCACAGAAUUUGAUUAGUUAUAAUAAUAUAUGAAACGGUUUAUGUGUAAAUGGGAUCCUUAAGAUUGCGUAAAAACUCAAACUACAGAAGUUUUGAACACAAUAUUGAAUGCCAUCUCUGAAUUCCCAAGUUAACUAGGAAAUUGGGCGAUAAAGGAAACACAUUAGACUGCGAAGGGUUAAGUUAAUAAAUUAGGCCAUAUACAACCAAAAUUUCCAACUCAUUAGUUUCAUGGGAUUCAGUGAUCGAUUUCGAUACAGUAAUCCCAAAUUCAACACAUUAUAUGUACAAUCUGGCAAACCUGACAAUGUUUACUGCAAUUUACGUCAAAGUAAGACAAACAAUUUAAGUGUGAUGACAUACUUGGUAUUUAGUCGAGUUUUCAGUCAAAUGAGACUCACCAUUCAUCUUCAUUAUAUCAUCAUUCAAUAAACUAUACACUGCUAAAAAUCUUUGAUAGUAAUAAUACUAAUCGGCUUAUUAAAUAUUAUAUUCAAAAAACACAUAUCUGCUAUUUUUUUUUAAUCAGUUGUGUUCGUGGUGAACAUCUACAUUCGGUGUAUUGUAGGUAAAUCCUACUUUACAAUAUGACAAUCAUAAGCAGAUGCUCAGUUUAUCCGGGACGUUUGCUUUAGAAAUGGGACAGAGGAAAGCAACUUUACGUGCAAAUACGAUGAAAAUCAAUGUGAUUUUUGGUAUCGUGAUGGUUUGUCGUCGUUUUAUGUAUUAAAAGAAUUCACUGUCAAUGAAGUCAAAGUACGCGUGUGUUCAGGUUACAGAUUACCUCGUCCCAUAUUGAAAAUAUCCUUCACAGAAACUCUUCUACCUGUAGAUGAUGAGUACGAGGUUCCCAAACGAAAAAGUGUGGAAACUUUUAUGUGUCCUAUUAAUAUUUACAACAAAUUGCUUGAAUGUUGGAAUAUUUCACCAGAUAAAAGGCCAUCAUUUAAUUCACUAUAUUCUUUUAUCGAGGAAUUAUUAGAAAAAGAAAUCAAGAAGGAUAUCAGUACAAAAUAAAAACAGACCGCAUUUCAAAACGUCCUGUUUAAAUGCUCAAAUAUAUCUUACACAUGUUUUGUACUUAUUUUAUAAGCCUGAAAAGAAACCGAAUCACUAAUUUUUG